GGAAGCAGAGAAGUGUCUGGAUGAAGACUCGUUCUAAUGACUGGUGGGACCGCAUUGUGGCAACAGAGUGCACCGACGAGGACUGGAAAGAUAAUUUUAGAAUGAGCCGAGCUUCAUUCAACGAACUUGUUCUGCUUUUGGAACCAUUCAUGUCGCCAAAGACAUAUUGCGUGCGACAACCACUACCAGUGCAAAAUAGAGUAGCUAUUGCCCUUUUCAAAAUGGCCAGCUGCAGUGAAUAUAGGGUGGUAGCGAAUCAAUUUGGUGUUCACAAAAGCAGCGUCAAAAAUUGUGUAUACAUGUUCUGCCAAUCGCUUGUACAGCAUUACCUGAAGAAGUACCUAAGUAUACCGACUGCCUCAGAAGCUGGAGCUAUUGCCACGAACUUUGAAGCAAGGUGCCACCUCCCUAAAAUAUUUGGGGCAAUCGACGGUACCCACAUCCCUAUCAUGGCACCAAAGAAAGGAUAUCGUGACUUUGUAAACAGAAAAAUGUGGACAUCGUACAAUGUGCAGGCUGUAGUAGAUGACCGAGGGCGAUUUCGCAGUGUUACCUGCCAUGUCCCAGGAAGUGCGCAUGAUGCAUCUGUGUUGAGGCUGUCAUCACUGUUCCAAAGGAGUGAGGAGCUGUUGCCAAGACAAGAAAUCAUGUUGAAUGGCGGUUCAAUCCUACUCAUGCUGUUGGGGGAUCCUGCAUAUCCUGGUUUGCCUUGGAUACUGAAGGGAUACACCUCGUCAAAAGGAAGGCUCUCAAAGGAGCAGGAAUCAUUUAAUGUGUACCACAGUAGCGGCCGCAAUGUUGUGGAGCACGCCUUUGGAAGGCUAAAGGGGCGAUGGAGAGUGCUACUGAAGCGAGCUGACAUAAAUUACAAAUUCAUGCCGACGGUCAUAGUAGCUGCAUGCAUUUUGCACAAUUUUCGUGAAGAGAGAGGAGAGACAGUGAGUGAUGCGAGGAUUAGUGAUGUUAGGUCAUCUGAGGAUGAGCUUUACCAGCAGCUUUCAACCAGACCUCUGCACACAAGCUCUGUUAGUAAAGUGCGGGAUUUCCUCUGCGAUUUCUUGGCUGAGAACUUUCCACUUCGCUCUGCAUCGUGGUGAAUUGUUUCUUGUGAAGUUCUGAAGACAGUGAAAUGAAACAGUUUGAAGCACGGUUUUUAAAAGCAGUGUUUAUUUGUAAAAAGUAGACCUUCCUCACUUCACUGUUGGUUAGCAGCAUUACUUGGGCUACUGCCUUGACCCUGAGGCUGUGUAGGAAAUACAUAAAGUCCUUCUUGCUGAUUAAGUGGAAAUGGAUAUGACAUCUGCCCAAAUGCUGGCACAGCCUGUCUGGCCAAUUGUGCCAUCAUCGCUUGAGUUCCUUGAAGAAAUGAUGCUGGGAUGCCAGCCAUCACAUCCUUAAAAUUCUCAUUUUCCUGUUGCAGCAGCUCUUUCUGCUGCUUAAACAGAACUUCAUUCUGCUCUUGAAGUAGUGCAACUGUUCUUUGAUGCUGCCGUUCUAGUAAUUCGGGCAGUGCCAAGAUGCUGGUCCUGGCCCGCUUUGCCGGUGGCAUGGUAGAGCCAGUGGUUGCUGCAAGAAACGGUGCAGAAUUGUAAUCACCAUAAAUAUAGUAAAACCUUUGUUUUUGGUCGCACUGUUACAUCACAUGGGAAAGCCAUUUCAAACAGUUGCAUCGAAAACUACAUGAAGCAGAUCCGACGCAUUGAUGUUACGAAAACCAUUAUGCUGGUAGCUGCCUACCUAGCAUUGUUAGGGAUUAUGCAAAGUACGUUCGGGGGAACCAAAGUGUUUAUGCAAGAAGAACCGCUAUGUGCCUUACGCAAAUGUGUGGGUGUGUAAAGACAGCAGCAGUAUGACGCCGCUGAUGUCAUUUCUACUUUCGCCGUUGGACGCGAGCUUACGAAAUGUUUGUUUGGUUCUGCACGGGUACGGGACUAGCGUAGAAAAAAGAAAACGCGGUGUGCAGCAUGAUCAGCGGCUCCAUCUUAUGCCAUCACAUGUACAUAUACAAACAUUCCAUAUGGUAUGCGCACAUGUAUAAACACUCAUUUGUCCUCUCUUCCCUCUGUGCCUGUAGGAACUGCACUACUCCAUUGCUAAGAAUAGACUAGCAUUAAGAAAGCACCACUUACGGCUUGAGCUCAUCUUAGAGGUUUGGCUGCCACCAGGCGAGUCGAGACUUUCAAAGUGCGAACCCCUAUCGUUAUCACUCUGACCUGAAUUGAAAAAGAUGGUGGUGUCAUUGCAUAAUUCACCGUUAAACAUACAUCUGCUCAUUUCAUUUAUGUGUUAAACAACUCCUUUGCUCACAACAUUUUAUUUUCUCAAUUUCUCGCUAUGCUUUGCUACAAGCAUAAUCAAUUGCUUCUUGUUCUUCUCUUUCUGUUUCCAUGUACAUAAAUAUUGUAUGCAUGCACACAUUGCUUUUGCUGCUUGACCGUUAGCUGCUGUUUUUUAACAUGUGGCCCCUUUUAAGUUGGACAAUAAAACACCAGUUUGCCAGUGAUGCAAAUGUCUUCAGUGUUUGCAAUAAAUGAAAUCAUGAAACUCU